CUUGAAAAUUCAUUUCCACCCAACAUAUCUGCUUUAUACAAUUCUGGGAAGCUGAAAGUGCAGAUUGAGUCCCUGCGAGCUGGAAGCAUCACUGUGAGGCUCAGAAUCACUGUGCAGGAUCCUGAGUUUCCAGUCCAUACCUCCACAUUUGCCCCAAUGCUUUCCUACCUGCACAAUGGCUCUGUGCUUUUGGUGGAUCAGCAAAAUACUGCAGUAGAAGAUCAUAAGGAAUGCAGCACCCCAAUGGAUAAUCAGAACUCUGUGUUUGCAGAGUGUAUCAAUCUGAUGGACUUCUACAUGUGCAGAUGCAAGACAACCAUGGGUACCAAUCCAUCCCUACCUGGAAGAAAUUGUGAGGGUGAGAUUGUGGACCCUCUCACUCAAACAAUGGCUCCUGAGGUAAGAAACAGCACGGAGUUUGCUCCUGAAGGAGAAAGCUCUGCAGGCUCUGCUUCCUCUGCCACCACCGAGACAGUGGCUGCUGUCAGCUCUGAGAUGGGCAUUGCUACAACUCUCCCUGCUGCACUCAGGAACAACAGCCCCAGAACCACGGGGAUCACAGCCAGCAAGGCACUGGCUAUGAGCAUGGAGAGUCAGGCAGACACAAGUCCAUUCCAGCACAGAUCCAUGGCAGAGGAUGCCUCCAGAACAUCACAGCAAGUGGCUGCUCUGACAAACAUAUCUAUGGGCACAGCUGGGCAAGAGCAACUCGGUUCACCAUCGCUGGUGUUCCCAAAUGAAACAGCCUCUGCUACCACCAGAACUCACACAACCUCUGGUGUGCCUCAAAGCAGCUCUCCGGGUGGUCCUGACACUGCUCUGCCAGCCACAGGGAAUGCUGCUGUUCCCACCCUCAAUGCCACCCUCAGAGCAGAUGUAGAUGUUGGAAGAGAGAACAGCUCUUGGUCUGAGAAAUAUGCUGAAGCUCUGGGGUCACCAGCUUUGCCAGGAGCCUCUGCAGCUCCCAGCCCAACCCCAGACCCAUCCAUGGACCGCACUGUCCAGAAACUUAGUGGCACAGUUCAGAUAAUGAACAUGAAAUACUCUCCAGGCCUCAGCAAUACAAGCAGUGAGGAAUACCAAACCUUUGCACAGUUCUUUGUUGAUGAAGUACAUAAAUCUCUGCCCCUUGAGGUUCUUCAGCAAAUGGAUGAUGGUCUGAUGAAAGUGCUGGUAACAGGAAUUACCAAUGGGAGCACAGUAGUAAGUUUCAAUUUACUGAUUGCAGAAGAUGUGGAUAUCUACUAUGUCAUCACCACUUUUCAGGAUGCCUUGGAACACAGCUCCUAUUUCACAGCUGAAAAGAGCAGCCUCUCCGUACAUGAUUAUGAUGAGUGUGAAAGUGAAGAAGAUGAUUGCUCCCCAGAUGCAUCGUGCCAUAACACCCUUGGGUUUUACCAGUGCAGCUGCAAUGAAGGCUUUGCUGAUGUGCAGCCAGAAAGGCCUGGAAGAAGCUGUGAAGCAUUUCCUACCAGCCAGAAGGUAACAGUGAUGGACAAGCAACCUGUGCACAACACAGUUUUACCUGUGAUGUCUUCACAAACUCCAACUCAUGUUUCUUCCUCUGCUUCACUGAACUUCUCUCCUACUGAAAAUGAAGCUCUGGAGGAUACCAUGUUCUCCAGCACAGUGUUGUCUCCUCUCACCAUGGAACCUGUGUCAACUCCUGACAUUCCUCCUCAAGCAUCUCUAGUCCCCCUUGUCAAACCUACCCAAGAGGUUUCCAUUAAAGAUGCAGUGAGUGUGUUUUGUGAAAUUGAGAAGAUUGUCCUUGCCAUCCAGAAGAGAUUUUUACAGCAGCAAUCUAUUCCAGAGACUUCCCUGUACCUGGGGGAGCCUCGCUGCAAUGUGAGCAUCAGCAAUGGCACUGAGGUUGUGCUGCAGGCAGGCUGGAGAGACUGUGGCACCCAAGUGGAGACUAACAUGACUCACACUGUAGUGAAAACCAUCCUUCGGAAUGAUGUUUCUGCUCAGGGAAUAAUCCACCACUUAAAAGUUGCUAGUCCUAUUCACUGUGUAUUUCAAAAUGAUGCCUUGGCUUCCUCUGGAUACACUGCAGAAGGACUUUACACCAUCUUUGAGGAUUUACAUGGAUCUGGACACUUCAGAACAGAAAUGCAGUUGUUUAUUGGAGACUCCCCAAUACCAAAAAAUUUCAGUGUCUCUGCCAGUGACGAUGUCCUGAUCAAAGUGGGGAUCCAGAGAGCAGACAGCAAGCUCAAGGUGGUUCUCACUGACUGCUGGGCAACUCCAACUAAUAAUUCAGUGGAUCCUCUCUCAUUUGUUUUCAUCAGCAACAGCUGUCCCAUCCCAAAUACAUAUACCACACUGAUAGAAAAUGGGAAAUCAAGCAAAGCACAGUUUAAGAUGAAAAUUUUCUCCUUUGUCAACAAUUCUGUGGUUUACUUACACUGCAGAAUUCGUAUUUGUAUGGAGGCACCAGGAAGGAACUGCAGGACGAGGUGCCAAGCUGCCAUGGUUCGACUCCUGGAGAUUGGAGAAACCAUUGCUACAGGCAGAACAUCCUGGGGACCCCUGUGCAAAUCAGCUGCAUCCAAUUUGAAGAGAGAGAAGGAAUCUGGAAUGGGAGUUGGAUACACCAUCCUCAUCACCUUUGCUGUGUUUGGUUUUGUGCUGGGAGUUGUGAGCCUUAUCAUUUUCCAGUACCAGCGAAAGACAGGAAGAUACAACUUCAGAAUCAAGUCUGACAACUUUGGCUACCAAGUGUUCUAUGAUUAA